CCAGGCAAGGAGUGGCAUGAAUUUACCGGGAUAUUGCUCCAGAAAGGUCCCUGGAGGAGGAAACGGUUGUCAAUACUGUAUAUCGCUUGAACACCAAGCUCUACAGAGACUCCAAGCACAGAAGCUUUUGCUUCCUCACUGGGAGAGCCUGUAUGAAGACCUGCGUGGACGGUGCGGUAAGAAAUAGAAGGUGCACGCAGCACAGAUGCCAGCCUUCUCCAAGGAAUAACCUCUUCAUCCCCGAGUGACGCCAGCUCCUGCUCGUACCAUGGGGCCAGGGGGUGGUUUCUUAGGCGGUGGGCAGGUCCACGUCAUCCUGUGGGGAAGUUUGGCGGCCAUGACAACACUCUUGUUCCUCACCUUCCUCAUCUUCCUCUGCUCCAGCUGCAACAGGGAAAAGAAGGCCAAACAUCAGAACGGAGACCAUGAAAACCUGAUGAAUGUGCCUUCCGAUAAGGAGGUGUUCAGCCAUUCGAUCACAAGUUCGGCUACAGAGCCCCCUCCGAGCAGCGACCAGAACGGGGCACUCAGCAACGGCGAGGUACUCUCAGAGGACAGUACAACUGCCUGUAUCCAGCCUUAUGAAGAAGUACAAACAUCUGUCUCUGAUCUGCUAGAUCAACAGGACAGUCUUGGAAAGUCCAUAAAAUGUCACCAGAGCCGGGAACUACCCAGCAUUCCCCCUAACAAUACCAUGGAAACUAUCAUCUCUGCUAGAAAUGCAGAAAAUGACCAAGGUCUUGGAAUGGAAGGGCCUUACGAAGUCUUGAAAGACAGCUCCUCUCAGGAGAACAUAGUUGAAGACUGCUUGUAUGAAACUGUGAAGGAAAUUAAAGACAUUGGAGCAGCAGCCAACCUCGAAGGGAGCUGUAACAGCAAAUCAAAGGCUUCGCUGGUGGUUUCUGAAGGUCAGGAUCAGACUCCUGAGUGCAGAAUUGAAUCAGCAGAAUAUGCAUCUGUUGACCGAAAUAAAAAAAGUCGCCAAAGUGCUAAUUCAGAAAGCCCUCUUGACAACACACCAGAUGUAGAGGAUGAGCCUCCCCCUCCGGUACCCAUGAAACUUCUUGAUGAAAAUGAGAAUGUGCAAGAAAAAGAAGUAGAAGAAGAAGAAGCGACAGAAGGAGCAAGUAAACCAGAGAAGAGGCUUAGUUCGAUGUCUUACAAGUCUCGAGAGGAAGAUCCAUCUCUUACAGAAGAUGAGAUCUCAGCCAUGUACUCGUCAGUCAGUAAGCCGGGACAGGCCAUCAAGGCGCUGGAUUCUCCUUACACCUGUAUUCAAGAAAUUGCAUCGCAGAGGUCCCCGUCUAUUUGCAGUGGCCUCUACGCAAGCGUGAAGGACUUUGAAAACACCCUAAAUACUACCACUGUGCCUCAGUCAGCGGACAGACCAAACGGGGAGCUGGAGCCUGACUAUGAAGCUAUCCAGUCAGUGAGCCAAGAAGAAGACAGGACCUUGUCUGUGCCUAACACAAACCACACGGCUCUUUUGGGAGAGAAUGACUAUGAGAGCAUAGGGGACUUGCAGCACCACAGGGAUUUCACCAGACUUUAACUACUCUGGCAGGCAGAUUUCAGCAUUUAUCUGAUCCGCUGGGUAUUUUCAAAGGAACAUGUGAAGCACGGAGAGGGAAGUGCUUCUCCUUUUCAGGAACAAAGCUGAGCAGAGAGCAAAAGUUGUGAAGAAGCAGCGCACAUGUCAGCCGGGGUGUGAUACCCGCUAGGUUAUUCUGGGUGAUGGAUGGAGGCUCACGGGGAAGGGUAUGUCAGGUUGGAAUGACGAGCAGGACAACGUAAAGGCUUCUUUAUCGUUAGCUCCACAAUGACCAGGAUUUGGAAAGGACUGCCGGGCUUGUCGUCCCGAUAGGAUUACAUACCAAAAAGACUGCCUUUACACAAAGCUGGCUUUUUGUUUUAAAAGACUAUUUUAUGUCAUUUGCUUCAAAGUGUUUUUCAAGCAUCAUUUUUCAUUCAAGUUCGAGCAUCCACUUUGUUGAGCAAACCAUGGAUCAUCGUACCUCAACUCAAGACUUAGUUGCAGGGCUGGGGAAGGCAUGCUCGCUUCUGUGUCUUUUGGGGGAGCUCUGUCCACGAUCACUGCAACUCAAGUGCAAACGACAGUACUUCAUUUCACAAGGGACCUACUCCAAAUGUACUUGAAUUAAUCCUGUUGGCUUUUUCUUCUUUUUUAAUGUCAAGGGCUGUGGAAUGUGACUUGCAAUAUUUGAGAUGCAUACUGGUAUUUGUAGGGGUUUUGUUUGAUUAUUUGUGAAAUACUGCUUUAAACUGGCAAGUGACACGCCUAGCGUUCUUGCUCCAUUCCCCUCGCGUGCAUACAUGCCCCUACACAUACACACACCAGACCACAGUCACGUUGCAAAAAGUUGUGCCAAUGGAUGCGCUGGCAUAAUGUUUAGUCUAACCUUAAUAGUGUUGAGUCACCUUUUGAAGAGUUUUGCCCUUUUUUAAGGCUUAAAAUAUUUUAAUAUGUUUGUCUAGUUUAUUAUAUAGGAAAAUUUAUGCACUGUGUUGUGUGGAUAUUUUUUAUUUUUACAACGUUAAAAUUUUUUGUAGAUUAACUUUCUGGUUUAUGUAACAGGAGGAAUCCCAUUCUUUGAUUGGGCUUUAUUUGGUCUUCCUUUAAUUUUUUUUCCUUACUUUAGAAGUAUGUAAAUGAACUUCGGGGAUUUUUGGUCUUCUUGAGCAGGGAUGUGGAACAUGCCUUGCUGUUUUAAGCUCAAAAUAAUGGAGUCUGUGAAAAGAACAUUGCCAAAGGGCAAAAAAGGGGCAGAGACAGAGUGGGAUUUAGUCUGGGAUAACUGCUGCUCCUCCUUGUUCCUCUGCUAAAAGGAGCAGGAGGGCAACCAAGAACUUCUUGGGGCUCUGACAAGCAGUUUGAAAGCCACCGUCUUUCAAAGAUACCAAAUUAUUCUGUUACUGUUAAAAACAAAGUACAGUGCUUAGAUGAAAUAAGUAGGUACUGGGUUGAUACUUUUGUUUUCUUCAAGAACAGUACAAUAGUACAAGAACAGUUCAAUGUAGAACAGUUCAACAGUAGAGAGCUGGCAUUGCGUGAUAUGCAUUUGUACAGAGUUAUGUGUACACAUGUGCAUAUGUCCCCACGUAUAUAAGCAUACACAUGUAGUUUGGAUGCAAGUAUAAAUUAUGGUCCAAAAUGGGUAGCAUUCAAACAACAUUCACAUAUGUAAUACUUGGCAUGUGCUUGAAGAGUAGUUUACUUUCAAUUCAAAGUAAACAGUACAUAAACUGAGGUUGGCUUAUUCCAUAGUAGCCUAGAACAGGUUUAGUUUCAGUUCUGUUGGUACUGGAUUUUGAUAUGUUGCAUUGAGCCCUUCUCAGAUUGCUGGCCCACGCUUAACAUUACUUGGUACUAUAGAGCACAAACACAGAUCUGGUUACGCACAUUUAUUAGAAAUUACUUCAUAACUGAAAGAAGUGUGCUAAUUUAUGGGCUUUGCCUGUAAGCAGUAUGGCUCUGAGGAGCAGUGCAAGUGUGCAGUCAAACUCUGUGCCCAGGGUGAUGCAGACUUUGUGGAUCCUAACCUCAUGCGACAGUGCAGCACACUUGAUCUAUGACUCUCUUCUUUCAAGGAAAAGCAGUUCAGAUCAGUCUACACCCAUCGUGUUCUUGACCAUGCUGCCAUGCUUCUGUAGCUGCAGAAACCCCUUUGCUUCCACUUCAUUGCAGUGCUUUUUGAAGCUGACUUCAGUCUUCCUUUCUGGCGUUUUUCCCUCAAAAGAAGUUUCUGUUUCUGUUCCCCUGAAUGUGAAUUCAUGAAGUUUGCCUUUGACUGUUCUCUCCUUCUACUUCACAUUGUUUAAGGCCAAAGUUAAGAUGCACCACGUUUCAGAAGAUCUUUUGUGAUAAGUCUAGAGAAUUCCAAACACAGUCUUUAUGUGUUUGCUGUCUGUUCCUUGCUCAGGGGUAUGGGUUUAUAUAUAUAGUCCUCAGCCUGACUCCUGCAACUUAGUGGCAGGCACACCCCAACUCCUGAAAUUCCCCAAUACAUCUCAAAUGGGAUCUACAAUCCCAUCUACAAUCCUUAGGGAUUGUCUUACUCAUUUUUACAUGGAUAACUGCUUUUGGAGAAACAGUAGCAACAUGAGGUUGGUCAGGUUCACCAGAUGUAAUUUCCAGACCAGUUUAAAGAUGAAAGAUAAUGCCAGUUCAUAAUAGUGAAGAAUAACACUGAACUCUUAAUUGUAAAGUUUUAAGGUGCAAAAGAAGAAAAUCAAACAUCACUGCAGAAGUGUCCCCAUCAAGAUCAGCAAGUCAAAGGAAGGAGGAGGGCUGCCCGGUCGCUCUUUGCGGUCUUUCAGAGCAGAAUUGAGAGUGGUGUUUUGGAGGAAGGGACGCAAGACUCAGCUCCUUCCUUCCUUUCUUUCCCCUGUUCUGACAGCUGACCCCCAGACUUCCCUUUUCCACAGCGAAAUCCCUCCCCGUCUCUUCUUUUCCUUUGUUUCUGUUUUUAACCUGCCUCUUAGGCACUGGGAGCUGGUACUGAGUUUGCUGUCCUGUGGUGCUGGCACGUUCCUUCCCAUUUAAAUGACUCUCAGGCUGGUCACAACCUUUUCAGCGUCCACCACUCAGCCUGGUGGGGAAGGAACUCAGAUUCUGGAUUGCUGCUUGUAACGUGUGUAUCUGCGCUCAGCCGUUGAGACCCCCUCACAUUGGACUCUUGGGAGCAAAUAGGAAUUGCCCUCCGGAACAAGGACUCAUGGGGGAGUCCGUAACUCCCCCACAGUCUCCAUUAUAUAAUCUAAUGCUAAAGAAAAAUGUUUUAGAAUUCAGUCCAAGGUUCUUAAGUGAAUAAUUACAUCUCUUGACAAAGAAUCAAGCUUCUGGUUUAGUUCUGUCUUCCCAGAAGUAAGAUCUGUUCCUUCACGGCUGUUGCCAAUGCUUCCUUUUCACUAAUACAUUGGAUGGAAAGAUUUUUCCAACAGUAAUCCCCAAAGAAAGAGAUUAAUCUGACUGUAAACAAAAGGGAGUCUCUUCUACUUGUCUCUUCGUCGCUAUUUUUCCUCUUUCAUCAUAUCCCUAAAUAAAAUAAAAACAUCCAAAGUAUUUGUUACCUGAUGAUCUUUUCUGGGGAAGCUUCACAAUCUAUUUCUUUGCCUCCAUUUUUUGGCACAACUACAUAAUAAGAUCUCACAUCAAAUUGCCAUAGUAAGGCCAAGACAAGCUGUAACAUGUAUAUAACUACACUAGUGUAAAGGUCUUUUCUGAUUUCCUUCUGAGAACUGGUAGAAAUAGGAAAUGCAGUUUGUGUAUCUCUUCCAUGAGUAUGUAUGUCCUGUGGGAGUUGCUCUAACCCCAUACCUAAACCAGCUCUAACCCCAUACCUAAACCAGUUGCCCCAUUCUACCAUGACGCAGAAUUGCUUUCUCAGUCACAGAGAGAAAUGGAUUCUUUACAGCUAUUUGUAGCACAGGCAGGUACCUAAUCACCACGGUUAGAUCAGUUAUAUAGUGCCUUUCUUACUACGUAGCUAGUACUUCCAUACUCUUUUCCAUACUUUUCCAUGUGUUUGUUUAAUACAAAACUACAAAAAGACAACCCCCACUUUUUCUAAGUUGGAAACAGCUUUAUAGAAACACAUUAAAUGCACUGGACUUCAGUUAGCCCUACAAUAGCAAUAGUCUCUCACAAACAUCCUUUAAAAAGCCCAGUAAUGUAGCUACGAUGACUAAGCUUUGCAAUAAGAUUUAUCAGUCUUCUUUUGAAGAACCUAAGUUUUUCAACAGUGAGCAUUCAGGGAGGUGGUGGUCUUUGUCCAUGUCAACUGUGAACAAUUGGAGGCUUCAGUCUUUGUAUUCCUAUCAGUUGCAGGCUUGCUUAUGUGUAGCAGGGAUCAUGGGGUGAGGGAUGAGUAGAGUCACCCAGAGCUGGACCAUCCCCACAGUAGCAACUGGCUGAGGACCAGCUACCUUGUUCUCUAAGCCCUCGUCUAUCGUGCCUUCAGGGAAUCCAUCCUGCAGGGAUUCUUCUGGGCUGUGUGCGUCUCCAUAGCUCCCUGAACAGCUCCUGUCCGCUGUCUUGAUCACAAUUCUGUAUACACGGUGCUCUCUGUUCAACCUUUCAAUGGUGCUUUUAUAAGAUGCUGGAUAAAUGGUUUCAAUGUGCUUUCUGAAAGCUGACGCGUAAAGCUGUGACACAGGCUGCUCUCUCUAGUAUUGUGUGCUUCCCAGAACUUCGCGUUAGCUGUGUUACUCUGACUACAAAAGGCUGGCAGUGCUGCCCUGUCUCUUGUUCAUCCCACACGCAGCCAGAGUGGAGUCAUCAAGCGGAACAUGAAGCCUAGGCAGGGCCACAGGUGUUUAAAAGCAGCCACUCAGGCCAAGUGCCUUGGAGCGAAAGCAGUUAGAGACAUGACCCUCAUCCCCGCAGUGUGGGAUUGGAGACAUUAGAGAGCCCAGCUCAAGGACUUUUUUUCUGUCUCCUAUUGUGCAUAUACAUUUGUUUGCAAUUUGACUGUUAAGAAACCUGUUUCUGCAACAAACAUUUUAAUUUGGGCCACACUCCAAUGAGGGAUUUUUGCUCUUAGGCAAAUUACCAGUUAUUUCAGACGAGUGUUACUUAUUUAGGUUGGAACAUGCCUGAAUAAGGCUGUUAUGUGCCUCACGAGUAACUUCGUGUACAUAGUCUACUGCAAAGCAGGAGAAUGCAGAAAGGUGCUCAGCCUGAUAGAUGCUCCUGUGGUGGUGUGCUGAAGACUUUCAAGGGCAAGUCUCCUCCUGGGAGCAGGGAGCAUUAAUUGCUACCAGUAUGAUUUCAUACCCUGGCUGCUGAAGUUGAUUUGUAGCAUCUCUUUCGGGAUGGUCAUGGCUGAAGACAUUGCCGGAGCAGAUCUCAGCCUCAAAAAAAAAAUUUAAAAAAAAAAAUUAAAAAGUAUUUUUAUAUCCCUUACUAGCUAGGAUGUUGAGGAUUAU